AUGGGAACAGCGGGAGAUGGUAAGCCGAAUGGAAAAUCGAUAAGGAUACCGCCAAGAUCACAGCCACCCGAAGGGUUUGAAAAGAUUCUUCCCACGUUGAAAAAAUUCCAAGAUAAGAUGCAGACGCUUGAGUCUAAAGAGGUUAAUCCGUCGAGGCCGAAACACGAGCUAUACUGGGACAUUCACAGAGUAGAUCACCAAAAAAGUCGAUACAUAUAUUCUCUAUACUUUCAGAGAAAGCUAAUAAGCCAGCCGCUAUACAUAUGGCUAGUGAAACAUAAAUUUGUCAACGGUGAACUUAUUGCGAAAUGGAGGAAAAGAGGAUACGAGAACUUGUGCUGCCUACAGUGCAUAGGCGAGACUGUUUGUGUUUGCAGGGUUCCAAAAAGCGUCCGGAAGGCCAAUGAGGAUUUCAGAUGUGUGAAGUGCGGGUGUAGAGGCUGCGCCAGCAGUGACUGA